AUGUCCGAGCCAUCCGAGGCAGGUCCCAGCUCAGGGUCACAGCCGCGCUCGCACGCAGCCGCUAUUGCGCGCAGGAGGUCGUCGGGCAAUCGCACCGCGCGCCCGCGCCCAUCACGAGCACGCGCUACCUCGUCCAUCAGCCAGCGAUCCGAUGCCAGCAACAUCAGCAGCGGCAUACAGAAGCUCUCGUGGACUACCGGCGACUCUUUCGACUAUGUCGACGACGAUGCGCGCAUCAGCGCCUUCCUUCAUUGCCCCAUCUGCCUCGGGCCCUUCCUCGAGCCUUUCGUCUCCAGCUGCUGCUCUCACACCUUCUGCAAGCACUGCAUCCAUACCGCCCUCUCAGAAGAUGCGUCAGCACGGACAGAUGCAGACGACGAUGCCACCGCAUUGCGCCCCAAACGCUGCCCAACCUGCAGAGCGACCGUCGACUUUUCCCAUUUUCAGCCUACCGCGCUUCUUAUCAAGAACAUGGUCGACACACUUCGCGUGCGAUGUCCCAACAAGGACAAGGGCUGCGAUCACCAGUGCGAACGACAUCUGCUUCGCGGCCAUGUAGCGUCGGACUGCGCGUACGAGUACGUCGACCAGAAUCUCACAGAGGGUCGGAGAUGCGGCUGCUCGGCCAAGGUCAUGCGCAAGGAUUGGGCGUCGCACGGCCUGACCUGCCCGAAACGCGCAGUGACUUGUGCAACGUGCGACUCGGAGCUUUGCUUUGACGAGCUCCAAGAUCACUUGUCCACCUGCUCGCCCGAGCCGGCCGAAUGCGAGUUCUGCGGGCUUACCACCAUCAAGAGCCGCCUCGCUCUCCACAUCGUCGACGAGUGCACCGAAGCUCCCGUCGAGUGUCCACAUGCUGCGUUUGGCUGUUCUUGGACGGGGCCGCGUCGCCGGCUCCGACGCGCCUCCAAUCCCCUCUCUAAACAGAUCGACCACGCACAUCUCGAGGACGACUGCCGCUUCGAGCCACUCAAGCCGUUCUUUAGCGUCUUUACGCACCACGUCGAACAGCUGCGCGACGAGAAUCACGCGCUCAAGUCGCGCCUCGACGAGCUCGAAGCUCGGCAGUAUACCCAAGCGCGUAGAGUGGAUGAUUGUGUGCACAGCCUGGGCACUUGGUAUCGCUCGGCGGGCGAAUUGCGCGCAGCCGAUUUGGAGCAGAGGGCAAGAGGUUCGCAGGUGGGUGUGGACGGAGAGUGGGACGAGUUCCCGCUCGAUGCGCAGAACUGGGAGAGGUCGCUGAGCCAGCAGAGCUUCUCGCGCCAGACGAGGGCGCACAGCGCGUCGGCUGUGGCGAGCAUGGACCUCGAGAUGUGGGCCAGGAGGCAGUACGCCGAAGCGUCGACGCCCGAUCCAGUCGCCACGGCGCGGCCCAGCACUGGCUCCCAGCGAGCUACGCCUGGCGACGGCAGUGGCUCUCGGUACUUGACGCCCGCUGCAGCUCGCUCUGCUCCCACAUCGUCCGUGCUUCCUCGGCGCCCUGGCCUCGUACCUUCGCCAUCGACCUCGCGCGAACGCGCGCCACAGCUCGGCGAUGCCAGUGCGGCCGCACGACGUUCCGGAUCGAGCGCAAUGCUCGCGGCUCUCGAAGCAGGUAGUCUCGGCGCCGUGUCUCCUGGCGGCUACGGCUUCCCUGCGGCGGCGGUGGAGGCGGAGCGCGAGCUGGACCGAAGCAGUCUGGACUCGGCCAUCGCCUCCCUCACUGCCUCUGUGGCCGGCCUGAGCUCCGGACUCAACAGUCUCGACAAGCGCACCGAAGAAGGUCACAUUGCGGCGGUCAAGGCCGGCUUCGACGCUGGUCGCGUGCAGGAAGAAGUGGCGAGCCUCCGACACGGGCUGCAUGCGGUUCGAAUGCAGAUCCACCAAAUCCUCAUGCACCAACAACGUCAUGCGCUCUUCUCACCACCAGUGUCGAACCUACCUUCUGCUGCGUCCGGUUCCAAUGCUGUGCUGCACGAACAAGCUCCACCGCACAAUCCUGCCAACCUACCCAUGCUCACCCCACCGCUACUGCGCAGAUGGGCCGGGCUCGACCAAACUAAGCUUUGA